AUGGGGAAUGUUCCGGCAAAGGAGUCUAGGAGUAGAUCAAACUCUGCAGUGUCUACAAUCCACGCCGGCUCAAGUCCGAACACGUACAACACGUCGACCGCCUCCUCGAGCAACCGCGGAGGAGCAGCAGGAGGUGGGGGAUCGAGGCAACGAAGGCAUACAAAUUCAGCAGCAACAAGUGGUCAAGCGAGCAAUUCAAAAUCCACGCCUUCAUCGUCCGAUUUGAGGAAAAGGAAACGACAGGAAGAGAAGGAACAAAAACAGUACUACCACUACCUGCAAUUGGUGGUUAGACCCGAGGAAAAUGUCGAUGGUGGCUAUUUGGCACCAUUUGGCACUUACAAGUCCAACUUGGACUACGACGUUGAUAUAGUGCGGUCGUUGAUUGUUAACCGUCAAAUCUCGCCCUUUUUCACCCCUUUGCAGGAUUUUGACGAGUCUUGGACAAACGAAGAAUUGGCGAUUUUGUUGUCACAGUUGCCCUUGCAUGCAUUUGAAGAGCCUACCGGUUUGAAUGACGAUGAAAAUGAAGAAGACGAUUUGGAUAACCACAAGAUCCACAAGAGUAGCAACUACUAUAAGCGGCAAGAGGAAAAAGCCAAGUUGAAGCUGUUGAUCAUCAAGAUGAAGGAAAUUCAAAAAGAUGAGGAAAACAAGUAUCUUGAAUACAAGAAAAGGGGACAUAGCCAGUGUCCCAGUAAAGAUUUGAGCUUGAAACUAUAUCGACAUCCAAGCGAAUGUCCCAUUUGUUUCUUGUACUAUCCACUGCAUUUGAAUGUUUCGAGAUGCUGUUUACAGCCUAUUUGUACUGAGUGCUUUGUCCAGAUCAAGAGACUAGAUCCACACCCACCACAUGAUGAUCCGUCAAAUCAGCAAGCAGGCGAGCAACCGCACUCGUUGAUUUCGGAGCCCGCGAGCUGCCCCUAUUGUGCCAUGCCUGAUUUUGGUGUCACUUAUGAGCCACCCAUUGACAUCCACACCGGGAUCGGUGGGAUCGCACCUGGAGACUACAAAACUGUCAGUGCCAUUGCCGAAGACGAAAGCGCUAGUGCCAUAACAGAUGGCGAUGGAGAUGGAGAUGAAGAUUCCACGGGUGGCAGUCCAAGUCCAAGUUCAAAAGUGCCAAAAGGCAAUUUUGAUUCGCCCACGUCUCCGCCACCGGCCAGUUCCAUGGUGAGCAAAGUGUUGAAGAAAAAGGCUAUAAAAAGAAGAAGCUCGGUUGCUGCCACGGCUCCCGGUGUUACCACCAUCGAUAUAAUCAGACCCGAUUGGGAAGUCAAUUUGAAUUCGGCUAGGCACAAGUUAGCUCGCAAGGCUGCUGCUGCUACUGCGAUUCAUGCCAGUAAUUUAAUCAUUGAGGGUAACACCAACAACUCCCGUGCGAGAUCAAGCACGGUGGGCUCCAAUAGUGGAUACGCGGCUGUUGAGCAACGGAUGAUUGAAGAAGCAAUGAGAUUAUCUUUGCUUGAUGAAGAAGAGAGAAGGAGGAAAGCCGAUCGAGGAAGUUAA